AUUUUUGUUUACACAUUACUGAGUAUUCAAUAGAGCUUACAUGUGCUACCAGCUCUUCAUUCCACUUUGUUCGCUUAUCUAUCGAAAAAAUAUUCAACUUUAUUGGCUUUAACAUUCGACAUCAAUUACACUAGCCUUGAUAAUACCAAUAAAUGUGAAACAGAUCCAAACUGCAUGUCCAUGAUGGACAGUGUACAGGCAUGGUUGUCUGAGAUCCGCCUGGUGACGGAGACAGAGUGUAUGUCCGUGCUCCAGGGGAAGUCACUCUCGCAGGAUCUCCAACAUAGCUCAACAACGCUCAUUAAAUGUGGUAUCGAUGCAGUGCGCAGUCAGUCACACAAUAUAAGCAAUGAAUUCUCCAAACUCUUCAAGUGUGUUGAGGGUGAGAAAUGGCGUCACGUGAAUCCCCUCACUGUACAAGUCACGUGCCACAUCCGUUCUCUCAUCCAGGAAUGUAACAAAUGUAUCCAUCACACUCCAAACUUCAUACUCGAGCAACAAGAAGUUGUGAUGGGAGAAUGUGCCAAACUUGCCCAACAGGUGGAAGUGUCAAUGUCAUCUAAGCCAAAGAUGUCUUCAGUAAAGAUCCCCCUGGUGAACCAGCUCACGUUUCUGGGUCAGUCGUUCAGUAGGUUCGUUGACAUGGCCCUCGGCUAUCUUGUACAGAAACUGGUGGAGACCCUGGAUGAAUCCCACACUCCACUGGCUCUCACCAGCUGUAUUAGCACCGUGAUCAGUCUCGGUCUAGAGGGAGAACACAUGUGCUACAUACUUUCCAGGGAGGGUUGUAUACGGGCGUUGUUUGAGAUAAGUCGUACGGAUACGCUGGAGUUUGCCCAUGUGCAGUCACUGCGUGCGCUGGCCACAAUCUGCUGUGUGCCAGAGUCCAUCUUGGAACUUGAGAAGGAGGGCGGGGUAGACAUCCUCACAGAUAUCCUGUGUGAUGCCACAGUGUCUGAGGCAGUCCGGGGUGAGGCGGCUGGCGUGGUUGCACAGAUUACCUCCCCCUGCCUUGACAAUUUCCAACACAUCGCCGGCUUCCUUGAAAAUGUGCAAGACCUCCUGAGUGCUCUUAUAAACCUGUGUUUUGCAACAAGCUCCCACGAGACAUUCUUGUUGGGUGCCGCGGCGAUUGCCAACAUCACGUUUAUGGACAGUCAGACGUGCGAGAUUCUCCAGCAGCUAGACGCCCCACGGCUUCUCAUAGAGGCAUCCGCACUGCCCAAGGCAAAAUCACUGUUUGUCAAAGAUCAGAUAGCCACAGUUCUUGCCAACAUGGCUACAACGGAGCUUUCUCGUCGAGACAUUGUGGCCUACAAUGGGAUCCCGCUGCUUAUCAACUUCCUACAGCAGCGGCCUGCUGGAUGUAAGCAGGAUGCGGAGAUCGCUGCGUGUGAACGACUUCAGCAGAAGGCAGCCAUCGCUCUCACACGACUUUGCCGAGAUGAGAUGACCGCUCAAAUCAUUGUUGAGCUUCAGGGUAUUCCACGACUGGUUCAGCUGUGUCGAAGUAUUGAAGAGAGAAACAACAGUGAGGCUGUGCUUGUCGCUAGUCUGGCUUCUCUCCGUAAGAUCUGCUCUCUGUGUGAGAACCCAGACAUCACAACUGUUGACUACCACCAGUUGAUUAAACCUCGUCUCAUGGACUCCUUUCUAUUGUGCUCUCAAACAGAUGAGAACUUUGUGUGAUCAAAACUGUUGACUACCACUAAUCAAAACUUUUUGUGUGAUAACAACUGUUGACUGUCACCAGUUGAUCAAACGGCGUCUCAUAGACUCCUAUGUAUUGUGCUAUCAAACAGUGAGAACUUUAUGUGAUCAACCUGUUGACUGCCACCAAUUAAAACUUUGUGUGAUAACAACUGUUGACUGUCACUAGUUGAUCAAGCCACAUAUCAUGGACUUCUUUCUAUUGUGCUCUCAAACAGUGAGAACAUUGUAUGAUCAAAACUGUUGACUGCCACCAGUUAAGGUACAUGUACUUUGUGUGAUAACAACUGUUGACUGUCACCAGUGAUCAAACCAGAUCUGAUGGAUUAUGCUCUCAUAUGGAACUUUGUUUUUACUCCACAGGAAAUCUUCCAGAUGUUAAAUGAUAUUAGUUUAUUCUAUCGCAGGUUUACGUGUAGUAGCAUAUUAAUCUAUUCUGCAGUAUUAUUUGGUCAUAUUCAUGCUAUUGGUAAAUCAGUAAGGUUGUUUGGUAACCAACCAUGGUGUUAAAUAUCUGAUAUCUUUGAAUAUUUUCGUGUGUCUUAAUAUCAAGGUGGUUGUAUGCUGUAAGGCCUUUUUUUACAAACUGAUUACAUAUAUUAUAUUCUUAUCAUGGUUUUUAUGCAUUGUAAAAGUUGACUCCUCAAAAUGUGUCAGUGUUGUAGGCAUGAACAUGUGCUUCUAUAUACAUUAAUUGCCAGUAGAUGUACAAGUAUUAUUUGCGGUCUUAGCCAAUCUGAUGUAAGUCAUCAAAUUAAUUUAAGUAUUUUUAAAAUAAGCCCAAAAGCUUAAUGUUCAUAUCAUUAUACGAUUUGAACGCAAGCACCAUUAUGCUGGGGAUUGUUUUAAUUCCGUGCGAUAUUGUCUCCAUGGUAUUUUGGUUCAUGACCAUUUGGGAGAUUUAAAAUUCACGACACAAUUAUUUAAUCAUUUGAAAUAAAUUGACUAUUUCGCCAGGUUUUAAAAUUUGCAAUAUGAUAGAUUUGUGAAAAUUGAACCUUCGCCAUAUUUAAUCCGUCUACAGUAAGCAUAUUUCUAUAGCAAGAUUCUUUUAUAGGCCCAGACUUGAUUCAGGUUUGCUGGCUUGUGCUAAAAAAUGUCUACAGUACAGUAUUCCUUCAGCUAGUUCUUUUGUAUUAGAUAUAUCACUAUAUUUUAUAUUUGUAAUGUUCUCUUUUUGCUCCUCUGACUUUCAUAGAAAAUAAGUCAGGCUAUUGUGAUAGCAUGGGUGUCAUCAUCUUGGUUGUGCAAACACUUUAAAGUGACACUCUAAUUCAAAAUCAAUACAUACACAUGUAUAAAAAACAUCAAUUUUGAAUGAUAAGUCUUUAAUUACUUACUAAAUAAUGCAUUUAUGGAAAAUAUUUAUUAAUGAUAACACGAUUUUAACUCAGAGUAUUAAAUAGCUGAAAACUCAAAGAUAUUAAAUGAGUGGUGAGUUCGAAAAGAUUAACUGUAAAUGAUCGGUGAGUUCUAAAAGAUUUACUGUGAUCUGCAAUAUUCUCAUAAGGUAGAAAAACCGUGUUUUCUGCACCUAACUUUCAAAGUAAACUGUUUUUGACAUCUAUUCAUCCUUUUUUGUAUAUUUAAACAAUAUAUUAAUUUUGAUAAAUCGUAUUUGGGAGUAAGAGUUCAUCUUUAACGUUAGCCAUAACUCAAAAAUUAUUCUAGAUAUUCAAGUAAACCCUGAUAUUAACAUGUUGCCAGGGACAGUAAGCACUUGUACAGCAAGGCCCAUAACUCACAAAUCAUUCUAGAUAUUCAAGUAAACCCCGAUAUUACCAUGUUGCCAGGGACAGUAAGCACUUAUACAGCAAGGCCCAUAACUCACAAAUCAUUCAAGAUAUUCAAGUAAACCCCGAUAUUAACAUGUUGCCAGGGACAGUAAGCACUUAUACAGCAAGGCCCAUUACUCACAAAUCAUUAUAGAUAUUCAAGUAAACCCCGAUAUUAACAUGUUGCCAGGGACAGUAAGCACUUAUACAGCAAGGCCCAUAACUCUGGCUUAAAUAAUAAUAGAGUCAUGCCCCAUUUUCAACAGAAAAACAGCAGAGCACUUGGUGGAUUGCUUUACGGAUAUUGUCUCAGAUGUGUAGUGAUGAUAUUUUUUAUACUUAAGAUGUAUAUUUUUAUUUUUGAUAAUCCGUGUUUUGUUUUGACUGCCUUUUGAACAUGAUUAUCAAUAACCAAUAUGUUUUAUACAUGAUUUCAAAAGUCUAUGGUUUAUUUUCAUAAUGUAGCUUCAGAAUGCAAUGUUUAAUAUUUUGAAAAGUUGGGUUUGAAUCCGUAAAAAGCCAGUAAAUUCAUCAAUAAUGCACUUGAUACAUCUUGUAAAUGUUUGAUUGUAAUAAAUAAACCAGUACAUCGUUAGAUAAAGAAAAAAGGGAAAUCUUUAUGUAUGAAAAUCUACAGCUCUGGUGCACAUUUCACUGAGAAUAUUGCAUACCAGGGUUUGGAAGUGAUAAUGCUGUACCUGCUACUUUGUCUUACAUCAUUUAAAACCAUUUAGCUGUCAUACCUUCAUAUGUUUUUUAAUCAUUUAAUCUAAACCACCACUUACUUUAAAAUACAUUUAUGUUCCUUAGCCUUCCAUUAUUAUAGCACUAUAAGAUUAAAGAACUUAAUAAUUUGAAUAAAACGAAAUUGAUUUGUACGUCCAGACUUACUUAAAUUCACCUAUUUACACGCCUGUUAUUUUAUAAAUUUUCUGAGCAAAAUCAAUAGAUGAAGAUAGCUUUUUACAGACUCAAACCCAACUUUUCAUAGUAUUAAACUGCUAAAGAUCAUUAUUUGGUGGCCUGUUUUUGAAGAAACAAACAUCAAAAUAUGGUUAUUGCCUUGGUGUCAGUUUUGUUAUUCAAAAUCUUUAAUCGUGGCCAUAACUAAAAAAACGAGAUAUUUUCAUGAAACCUACUUUAAAGACCAUGUACUUAUGUCGCAAUAUUCAUAAUUCUGAUGAAUUCAAAUGAUUGUUGACUUAUGCCCCUUUUCGACUUAAAACCCCAAAAUUGAAUAACCAUACACUAUUGCAUUCAAAAUACAUCUAGGCAUUCACUUAUGAUGUUCUUCAUAUUAUAGAAGGUCUUACACCAGGCCCCAAUUUCUCAAAACAUCUUAAGUCCUUAUAACAGGAUUAAGCUAAGCUCACUAUUUUUGUUUUUCAAUAAUUUGCAUAAUAUUUACUACGUUAAGGGUUUUUAUACUUUAGAUAAGAAUUAUUUUUAUGAUAAUCACAAUUUAUUUUUCAGUUAUCAAAAUUCAAUUUAAGUAAGUAUUUUGGCUAGUUGAAUUGAGCUACUUAAGCCUUUUAAGCUUAAGAAGUUUUGAGAAAUUGCGGCCAGGCCCCAAUAUCACGAAAAUACUUAAGUCAAAUAUUAAACUCAGUCUCAACUCAUUUAACCAUAUAAAAGCAUAGUUUGAUUCAAAAUCGUGAAAAUGUAUUGUCUCAUAGAAUGUAUUGAUAAAAAGAUUUUAUCAAUAUUUGAAAGAAAACUAAUUCUAGAGCAAAAAAUAUACUUGAGUAUUUUAUAAAAAAUACGGAAUUGUACUCAAAUACAUUUUUGGCUGUAGAAUAUAUUUACCUUGGAAUUCGACCAAAGGCUUUUAUCAGCAUGUUCUUUGAUAGAAUGUGCUGAUAAAACUGUAAGAAACAUAUAUGAGUUUUAAUAAAUUUUAAUGUUAUGUGAUAAAAUGUGUUGAGACUGAGUUUGAGAUUUGACUUAAGUAUUUUCGUGAAAUUGGGUCCUGGGGUUCUUAAGUUCAGGAUUGCGAGCUUUUAACUUCGGACUAUUGUACAGUUAUAAAGAUUGGUUUUUGAUGGGACAUUUGCAUAAAAAACAGUAGGAUGUACCUUGAAAUGAAUAUGAAUGACUUUGGAAAAAAACUUCAAAUAGCGUCUUAAAGCCCCUUUACCCUGCUGUGGGUAUCGAUCCCUCAUGUUUAAACAGACCCCGAGAUAUUUGUCUGGAUUGGCAAUUACAUGUACCAGCUAUUACAAAGCAUGUUACAUUAAUACGAACAACAUGUUUGUUAAAAAAUAUAUCUAGGUAUUCACCUGAUCUUUAUAUAAUAGAGAUAAUUUGGGUUGUCCGGUUAGCGCAGUGGUUAGCGCACUCGCUUCUCACGAAGGGUUUGAUUCUUGGCCUGGGCACAUGUGAGUUUGGUUUGCGGUCAUCAAGCCAGACAAGUGGGUUUCCUUCCGGUACUCCGGUUUCCACCACAACAUAAGACCACACUCUCGCAUGACGUCAUGACAAUUAGAGUGAUUAAUAUAAUGUUGUAAUAACUUGUUUUACAAUCGUUGUAAAAAAAAUAAGUUUAAACUUUUAUAUAAGAGAAUGUCUCGUUUCUUUACAGUGUUUGUCUUGCCGUUGUUUAUACACUCUGGACAAAACUUGUAUCAGCUGAAACUAUAGAUCUUGAAAGUUAGAUUUGAACAUACAUAUCAUGGGAACAAAUAAUAACUGCAUGUUUUUUAUAUAUUUAUUUUACAAAAAAUAUGAUUUAUUGUAUUUUUUACAUAGUAACAAUCCAAUACCGCAUGAUAUUUUUAUAUAUUUAUAUGUAUAUAGAUGAAUUUACAUUCUCUUACAUAUUCUAUACAUUCCAGAUUAUUUUUUAACAUGUGUAUAUUUUUCCAUUCACGUUUUGUACAUAUCACAACAUAUGCAAUAAAUAGUGUGCGCUAUUCUG